UCCAUCUGGCCUUACUUUGCUGGCUGUCCCUGUUUCCGGCUGGAGGAAGGAAGGCCUCUGGUGCUGGGAGUGUGCCACAGUGAAGCACAGAUAACGGACGCCCCUGUCUCUUACGCCUUACCCCGCCUUGACUUUGACCCUGAACUGACGCAACGUUUCCAGCGUUUACACGGCGUGUAGAACUCCGCAGUGGGGCACAGGGCAGCGACGGGCUUCCAGGAAGAAGGCGUGAGGAAAACGGCAGGAAGAAAUCGCCAAUUUCCUAACAAAAUGGAGACCUCGAGUUCGGCGAUCGAGAUGGAGGAGCACCACGAAGGCGAGAACGGGAAAGAUUUGGGUCAGGCAUCGGAUGCUGCAGUGCACAACGGUAAGAUGGAACCUGCCGAGGAGAAUCCAGACUCCUCCGACAUCACGGAAUCCACGCGGCCGAUCUUCAUUAUGGACGAGCCGAUAGAGGAGCCGUCGGCGACCUGCUGUGGCUGCGGGGAGGAGAACAAGGAGCGCGGGAACUGGACGUGCCAGUGCGAGAUGAUCCUCACCUCCAUCGGCUGGGCGGCUGGGCUUGGACAGCUGUGGAGGUUUCCCAUGCUGUGCUUCAGGCAUGGAGGAGGGUUUCUUGCAGUGUGGCUGGUCAUGCACAUUGUAUUGGGUUUCCCUCUGGUCCUGUUGGAGAUGACACUGGGACAGUUCACCAGUCAGGGGCCGCCUCGGGCGUGGAGGGGAGUUCCACUCUUACAUGGUGUUGGGUUUGCAGUGGUUGUCAUGAUGUCCAUCCUAGCGAUAUACCAAAACACCAGCAUGGCGUACAUCCUACACUAUUUGUUUGUGGGCAGUCUGCGUGAUCUUCCCCACAUGGUGCGCUGUGACAACUACUGGAAUACUAUGGAGUGCAAUGAUUAUGGCCUGACCAACAUGACCGGGUGUCGUGAAGUGGCUGGCUUCAUGUGGUACGAUGACAGCACGGGACACUGGCAAAACUACACACAGUGUCCAACAAAGUCUGCCCCUGAGGAGUAUUGGAGGAACUAUUUGCUGCAGCAAUCAGAUGGUCUGGAGACCAUGGGGGCAGUACAGCCGGGUCUGGCCGGGUUUCUCUUCCUGUCCUGGCUCAUGGUGUUCCUGGUGCUAGCGUUUGGUAUCAAGUCUGCUGGCAAGGUUGCAUACCUGACGACAACCAUACCCUUUGUGCUUCUGGUGUUCCUGUUGUUUCGAGCCAUGUCCUUGGAUGGGGCAGUGGAGGGAUUGAUAUAUCACGUGACUCCAGUUCCAUAUGCAGGCUUUGAUAGGACAGACCUGUGGGUUGAUGCUGUGAUGCAGGUGAUCUACUCCCUGGGUGUGGGGUGUGGCUGUUACACCACACUCAGCUCUUACAAUAGGUUUCACAACAACACAGUCAGAGAUGCAGUGCUGGUUGUGUUUGCCAACAUUUUGGUGGGUAUGCUGUGCCUGUGCAUGUCUGCAGGCUUUCUGGGCUUCCUCGGCAAACAGUUAAAUGAGCCCAUAGAAAAUCUAGUGUCUUCAGGUCCCCACCUGGUGUUUGUUGUGUUCCCCCGUGUGCUGGGGCUGCUGCCUGCCUCCUACCUGUGGUCCAUCCUGUUCUACCUGACUCUGCUGCUUCUCGCCUUCAGCUGCCAGUUUGUAAUCGUGGAGACCAUUGUGACGUCACUACUGGACCUGUUUCCAUCAGGCAACAACGGCACAGGUGGCCUGUGUAACAGGCGCAUGCUGCUCCACCUGCUCCUCACCUUCACCAGCUGCAUCCUCUUCUUCCUGCUGGGCCUACCGCUGGUCACACAGGGUGGGCUGUACCUGUACAACCUGCUGGAUACUUUUGUAGCCUCUGGGUUUGUCAUCCUGCCCAUCCUCCUGCUGAAGAGCAUCGGCAUCUCAUGGUUCUAUGCGAUCAACCGUUGGGGCCGUGACCUGAGCCACAUGCUGCAGUACUCGUGCUGUUACUGCUGUAAUAAGCUAGUGACAGUGGUGUGUCAGGUGUGCUGGUGUCUACCCAUCCCCCUGUACCUCGUGGGUUGUCUUUUAUGGACGUCCCUAUUGUGGCCCAAUGAGGUAUAUUUUGAGAGCUACAAGUACUCAGAUGGACAUGUAAUAAUGGGUUGGCUCAUUGUCGGAGUAGAGCUGGCUCCCAUUCCUCUUGUUGCCAUCAUCAACUGCUGUCUGGCAUGUUGUGUCAAAGGUCGCACCAUCAUCAGACCCCCUGCGGACUGGGGACCGUACCUCCAGCAGCACCACAGAGGGAAGAGGCGUGGCAAGGUGCUGAGUCAGCCCCACAUCCCCCCCAAACCCACCAUCAUGGUCGUGGACUCAACCGUCACCAGCUUGUGAUAUGCCUGCAGUAGACACUCAGACUAUUCCAUUAUACAAGCGAUGAAGAGGUAGUCAGCUAGCUUUGCACAUUGUCAAAAUUCUUCCAUCCCACCCUCUUUAAUGGAAAAAAAUAAAAAACACUCUGAACUUUUAAACCAGUUUGUCCCAAAUUUUUAAACACAGUGAAUUUUUCAGGCAUUUUUCUUAGGAGAACAGAAGUAGAGGGAUAUUUUAUGCUUAUUGCUGUAUCCAUUGUUGCCAUGGUGCAGCAUUUUAAUAUUGUAUGAAAUUAGAGGCGCUAGGAAACUUUUAGAUGUUAACUUCAAAGGUUUUACGUAAAUUAUGAUAUGGCUGCCUUAAAACCUGAGUGCCUGGGUACCUCAAUAUAAUGUUGCCAUGAAAAGAAUGGGAUUAUGUGCCUUUUUGGAAUGUAAGAACAAGUAUUUUUAGUCUUUGCAACGUAAGAAGCAUUUUUAAUCUUUGGAAUGGAAACAUCAUGAAUUGAGCCUAUGUCAUCUGCCUCUCUAUGAUGAUGGUUGUUCUUAGUGCCAUAGUAUGAUGAUUAGAGUGAAGAAACCUUGAGAACCCCAUCUAGACUGUAAACUAUUUAUGUUCUGAUUGCACAGUUUGUUAUGCACUAAUGAGUAGAUUUACUGAUGUAGACUUUUAUUUAAAUAUCGAGAUGGCCACAACAAGGUAGAAGUCUAUAAUAUUAGUGAUGAGUUGUGGUUCAAAUGAUGUUGAAUGAUGAUACCAGAGUAGUUAAGUUGAUAGAGAUUUAUUAAUAAGCUGUAGAGUAAUCUAGGCUUUGUAAGUGUGAAUACAUGAAGGUGUAAAUAUGUUAUUAUAAAAAAAAGGAACAGUGUUAAUGAAUAUGAACUGACUGUGAAACAGUUGUGUGAACAUGUACUCUGUUUUUGUGUAAGGAUUUAAAGAGCCAUGGAUUUGAAUAUAAAUUAGACUGUUUUGGGUCCGGAUAGGCCCCGUUUAAUGUUUUUCAGCAGUGCAUGACAAGCUGUAGGAGUGAAGUCGUUGUGUCUGAAUGUUUGGAACAAAAGUUUGUGGACUGAUGUCAGUAGGUAUUUGUUAUUGCCAUGUAUUAUUGGAAUGAUGAUAUGUUCAUGUAAGGCAUUGUUAUGUUCAGACAUUGUACAGUCCUUUUAUUGUGUGCUGUCCUCAACAAAUUAUUAACAUUUGAAAAUUUGGUUUACAAGAUUUGUGCAUAAACAUAAGUAAGGACAUUUCAACUUCAGAUAGUCCUUGAUAUGGUUUGUACUUUGGAACACCAUGUUAUGCACAUUGCAGUCUGGGUAUUAGUUGUAAGGAAACACCUGAGUUGUUCAGAGGUUUAUGAAAGCUAGCAUGGUAAGCCAUAGCCAACUCCAACAUGUGUAAGUAACAGACAAGUAUCUGGACAUGUAUUGAUAAAAAAGUGUUCUACAGGUUCUGUCAUGUUGGCUUUCUGCAGACACUAGUAUCACCAGUGUGAAGGUACAUUAUGAUUGAACUGCAGCAGUGGCUGUAUUACAUGUUACUCUUGUAACAGGGUUUGGCCUGAAGUUCCCACCAUAAGAUAAAAUGUUUUCAAAGGUGAUAAGAUCUGAUGACUGUACUAUCCGCUUGCUUAAGUGAUGUGAUGUGAGUACCUGAUGUAAACUGUACAUGUUGCACGUACCUGUUUAUAUUGUUUGUCAUCUAUGUGUAACUACAGUAAGGCAAUGUCUUGUCUGUCAAUUAUCUAAUAAAGAAAAUACUACUGACCACUGGAGUCAUGU